AUGAUCAUCGUCUCCUCCAGAUCUGUGAACGCGGUCGGAGUAAACUUCGGGACCCAAGCAUCGCAUACGCUGUUACCGAGCAUUUUGGUCAAAUUGCUACGCGACAAUGGCAUCUCCAAGGUUAAGCUGUUCGAUUCGGAUUCAUGGUACAUGAAUGCCUUCGCAGGAUCUGGCAUCGAAGUCAUGCCCGGAAUUCCUAACAAGGAAUUGCAGAGACUCAGCGAUGAUUAUGACAAUGCCAGAGAUUGGGUCGAACAAAACAUUACAAAACACUUGCACGACAAGGGCGUCAAAAUCAAGUAUGUGGCAGUCGGAAAUGAGCCGUUCUUGAAAGGCUACAACGGAUCAUAUUUAAAAACAACCCUUCCAGCCAUUAAGAACAUUCAAAAAGCUCUAAACGAAGCUGGCCAUACCCAAAUCAAAGCCACCACUCCUCUAAACGCCGACGUCUACGACGGAACCGUUCCAUCAUCCGGAGAUUUCCGAUCCGACAUUAAACCAAUAAUGCUCGAACUAGUUCAUUACCUUAACUCAAUCCAUUCCCCUUUCAUCGUCAACAUCUACCCAUUCAUAUCCUUCUACCAACAAAGCGCAAACUUCCCAAUCGAAUACGCCAUGUUCGACGGCGGCGCACAGGGCAUCGACGACAAAGGCACCCAUUACGACAACAUGUUAGAUGCUAACCUAGACACCUUAUCCUGGUCCUUAAAAAAAGCCGGAGCAUCCAAAAUGAAGAUCAUAAUCGGAGAAAUCGGAUGGCCCACGGACGGCGACGUGCACGCGAACGUAACCAUAGCGAAGCGAUUCUACAAUGGGUUUUUCAAAAAAAUGGCGUCCAAAAAGGGGACGCCUCAAAGACCAGGGCCAAUCGAUUACUAUAUCUUUGGAUUAAUUGACGAGGAUAUGAAGAGCAUUGCUCCGGGAACAUUCGAGCGACAUUGGGGAAUGUUCUAUUACGACGGGAAGCCGAAGUUUAACAUUGACUUGACAGGUCAAGGGAAUGAUCAAAAGUCUGUGAUUUCGGCUAAAGGGGUGCAGUAUCUUGAGAAAUCGUGGUGUGUUUACAAUUCGAAGAAUAAGGAUAUGUCUAAGAUAGGCCCUGCUACGGCUUAUGCUUGUUUGAAUGGGGAUUGCACGAGUUUGGAGUACGGUUCGAGUUGUAAUAACCUCCAAAAGACUCAGAACAUAAGUUAUGCGUUUAAUAUGUUUUAUCAGAUGAAUGAUCAGAGCGUUGAGGCCUGUGAUUUCAAUGGGAUCGCUACCAUUACGAACAAGGACCCUUCGAGUGAUGGUUGUCGGUUCAUUAUUCAAAUUCAAAGUGGUGGGAGGAGGAGGUUUGAAGAUUAUUAUAGGCUCAAUUCAUUUGUUGGGUUUUUUGUGAUGCUGUUGUUUACUGCAUUGUUUUAG